GCCCGGGUCGUCGGCGCCGAGUUCGCGCGGCUCGAUGGUUCCGUCGCCGUCGACGCCCUGGCGCAGGGCGACCUCGGCGACCUCGAGCUGGAGGAGCCCCUCGUCGUGGUGCCUGCCGUCUGCCUCCCUUGCGACGCCGCUGGCUCGCUCGCCUCCGUAGACUAUGUCUCGGUGGCGCUGCGGUCGGCCCUGGGCGAGGAGAUGCCUGCAGACGUGGCCUGCAUGAAGAGCUGCGCGGAGAUCGAGUUUUUCGAUUCAGCUUGCGCGGCGGCGCAGCCCGACGUGCUCUUGCUGGCCGAUCUCGGCCCGCGGCCCGACGACUGGAACAUCGGGGCCUUGCUCCCCUCCGUCGCGUUCCCCGCCCACGCCCCCGGGGCGGCCCGGGGCGCGUCGGCACCCAGCUCGCCGUCGAUGGCCAGAUCAACUGGGGAGGUCGCCGCCGACGAGCAGGGCGGCGAGGGCGUGGGAGACGACGAGGUCGACGCAGCCCGCAAGGAGGCUGCCGCGCAGGA